CAAUUCUCAAAGACCUCGACUUCAUCAAUGGCGGAGACGGAGCAAAGAGAAACAAUAGCAUUAAUGAGAAUGGAUGAUAUUGUUUUCGUACAGGCUGGAAGAUGGAUUCUGUUCAGCAUAGGUGAAUGGGAGUUCAAGAUGGAUUCUUAUCAGCAGGAGAGGGCGUUGAGGUUGAUGGGGUUAAAAAGUUUCAGGAAUUUGGAGCUGAAAGUGAGACAACUAUACAAAAUGGAGAGGAGCUCGAUAUCAAUGGAGCUUAGCUACAUGUUUGAGGACAAAUUAGCUCUGUUAGCUGGUGUUCAGCCGGGUCCGACAUUGAUUGGGUGUGAUAGACAGUUUCGAAGCUUUAAAUCGUUAAGCAUGGAUAAUAAAUCUGUGAACCUGUUCGUGUGUUUUAGAAAAGAUGCUAGAGGUAAUUCAAGAACGACAGAGGAAGUUGGAUACUUUGCUAGACUGAUAUCUUUAGUCCAAGACAAUAACACGGGAAAUCCUCCCAAGUCUCAGUUAGCAAUGGCACAGAGUACAGAUGUUAUUGACAGUUCCGGGGGGGGGGGGGGGGGGAAGUGGGAUAUAAGCGAUGAUAUUCUGUUUGAAGCCCUAGAAGCAGUAGAGAUGGCAAAUAAAGGAGAUUUGGUUGUUGCUACGGGGGUAAACACAUCUGUAGCGGUAGACGAUGAAAUGGAGAGUGAAGAUGAAGAUUAUUUUGAAAAAUCUGAUGAUUCUUAUUGUUAUAGUGCAGGGAUUGAAUCAGAAGAUGAUGAUUUGGAUUAUGAAAACUACACUGUAGGGAGUGUUGAAGAUGUCCUAGAGAUUAUGGAAAAUGAAGACAGUGGGGAUGAUGAUUUCGUUGAGCAGCCCCCGAAAAAGAAAGUCAGACCGAAAGGAAAAGAGAAAGCAAAUGAAGAAAUGACUGAUAACCUUGGAUGUAAAGGAGGCGUUAUGACAGAGUUACUUGACACUUUUCAGAAGGGGAUAAGCAUCGAUGAAGUUUAUGGGUAUGAGGACAUUAAGCCAAUGUUUGGAGAUGAUGAUAUGGACAGACUAGAAGCUCAUGUUGACUUGAGUAAGGAGGAUGACAAUAUGUUCGUUGGAAGGACUUUUGCGUCGAGAGAAGAUUUCAGGAUUGCAUUGUCAAUUUAUGCUAUAAACCGUAUAUUCCGCUUCAAAUUUACUAGGAAGAAAAUCUCUAGAACAGUCGGGGACAUACCAAUUGCGGUUGAAAGAGAGCUGCUGAAACGGUUCAAAGGUGGGUUGGGGAUGUCAGUUUUGGCUGUCAGAAGAACUUUGGUUGGAGAGAUGCAUAGGCUAAGAAUGUGGUCACCAACGGUCCAAGAAUCAAUCCUCCCAGUACGUGAUCCAUCGGAGGUGGAUGUGCCUGAGAAAAUAAGAGUUCUCUGUUUAAUGCCUCCGAAAACAAAGAGACCCCCGGAGAGACCCCCAAAGCUGCCGAUACAUUCAGUUGGGGAAUAUGAGUCGAGAAACUGGCCUCCUUAUGCAAGGCGGUACCGGCCGUUUUUUGAGAGAUGUCUUAAGGCGGGUAACAAGACGGCAAUCUACUACGAAGAGCUAAGGGUGGUGGUUGAAGGAUGCGACAUCAAAGCGGGUAUUGAUCUUCUAGCUCAGUUGGUCCCUGAGGAUGGGUGUGCAACACUAGCAUGUGGUGUCUUCUCUAUUUGUGAUGAAAAUGAGGGUAUGAUUGUACAUUAUCUUGAGCUAUUCGGCAAAAUGCAUGCUGCGUUGGGGACAGAGGAAGUCAGACGGUGGGGAGAGGAGUUGGUCGAGGAGUUGGUCAGGGAUUUACGACCAUAUAGAAUAAUGAGCAGCAACUCAUACCGGAAGACAUUUCUCUAUCCUAUUUCAGAGGUAUCCCGUCGCCGGAUUGUGCCAUGGACUGCGGAGUAGCAUAUGGAGGUUAUGAGAAUUUGUGUGACGAGGGUUACCUGUGGUGGUUGGCAAGAAAGGUUUGUCAAAUGCUCUAAAGACAUUCUCAAUAAAUUUUGUCGUUGAUG